AUUAACCACACGCCCUCGAGAUCAUUAAUUAUCACGGUCGCCACUCGAUUUUAACCUAGGCCUAUCGAGAAAGAUACUGAUGAAUGACCAACCUUUCGCUGACUUUGCUAAUUCCCCUCUCUACGACUCUGUUUCAGCUCCCAUCUGUCUCCGGAUCGACCCGCUGGACCUGUUGGACCUCUCCGUUUAAGGGACUUCCUUCGCUUCUGCUGGACAGCACCGCUUGGCUGGGCCUCAGCCUCUGUGCGUGUUCGUCGAUGGAGGAUUUCGGGCGGCCGACAGGCGAGAUUACGAUUGGGAUAGCUACGUUACAUGGACUCGCGGAAUUACGCACCGUUGAGCGGGAUUGUUCUCGCUCUCGCUCGUUGUUAGCGCACGCGUUGAGAUUAAUUUAUCUAUCUUACGCCGAUGCUCCUGACUACAGGAAGCCAACACAAUACGCUAAGUUGGAAUAUAGGAA